AGCUCGUAGAGCGACUCGAAUGCAGCCGAAGUGUUCAGGGUACUUAAAAGAACGAGGGAUAAUACUUCAAGUCUUCUUUUCUACGGAAUUGCAGUCCUGUGAACACCUUCCAACCUGGACACUCAACAGCCUAGCAUAUGAACAAGUUGGAUUUUAUACGACAAACCACCGACAGAAACAAGAACAGACACAGCAAAAAAAAAAGGAGCUCAGGUGUUUCUUAAGGAUUUACGCGUAUUCUCAGUUCCUGGUUGGGAAAACACAUUAUUGUGGAUGCUGCCGUUUGCUUUAUACAUGACUUUAGAUUGGAAAUAAAGCACUUUGUGACUGGCAAUAGGAAUCAGGUAACAUGAUCAUUUUGCACGGACCUGGGAGAUUUUCACUGUGACUGGAAACAGACAGACCAUGGUAGUGCACAGCCUCCUCUGGCUGGUGAAGAGCCUCCUGGUUCUCUCCGUCUGGGCACUGAGAUCCAGCAGCCAGUCACUCUCAGCCCCGAGAGUAUACCUCUCCUUCAAAGAGCUGAAAUCCACUGGCACUGCUCAUCAUUUCUCCUUCUUGUUGAAUACUACGGAUUACCGGAUCCUCCGAAUGGAUGAAGACCAUGACCGGAUGUAUGUUGGGAGCAAGGAUUACAUCCUUUCACUGGACCUACAUGACAUCAACAAGGAGCCUUUAAUAAUCCACUGGCCAGUAUCUUCACAGAGAAAGAAUGAGUGUGUUCUAUCUGGGAAAGACACAAAUGGUGAAUGUGGGAACUUUAUCCGUCUACUUGAACCAUGGAAUCGUACCCACUUGUAUGUCUGUGGGACUGGAGCCUACAAUCCUGUCUGUACCUACGUUAACAGAGGACGCAAGCCACAGGCCCCCUUAAACCUGCAGAUGCCCCAGCCAGGAGGGAGGGCCAGUCGAGCAGCAGACUUCACUACGGCAGAGCCAAUGGAACAUAAGGAAUACAUCUUCCGCCUGGAGCCAGGCAAAGUGGAUUCAGGGAAAGGGAAAUGUUCAUAUGACCCUAAACUCAACAGUGUGUCUGCUUUGAUCAAUGGUGAGCUCUACGCAGGAGUUUACAUCGACUUCAUGGGGACGGAUUCUGCCAUUUUCCGCACUCUGGGGAAACAGACAGCCAUGCGCACAGACCAGUACAACUCCAGAUGGUUAAAUGACCCUGCAUUUGUUCAUGCUCGCCUCAUCCCUGACAGCGCUGAGAAAAAUGACGAUAAACUCUACUUUUUCUUCCGGGAGAAGUCUUCGGAGAUGGGUCAGAGUCCUGUGGCCCAGUCACGCAUUGGUAGAAUUUGUCUGAAUGACGAUGGUGGGCACUGCUGUCUGGUGAACAAGUGGAGCACCUUCCUCAAGGCCAGACUCAUCUGUUCUGUUCCAGGGGCAGAUGGGAUUGAAACGCACUUUGAUGAGCUUCGAGACGUCUACAUACAACAGACCCAGGACACCAAAAAUCCAGUCAUCUAUGGCGUCUUCUCUGUAUCAGGGUCAGUGUUCAAAGGUUCAGCAGUAUGCGUCUACUCGAUGGCAGAUAUCCGAAUGGUGUUCAAUGGACCAUUUGCUCACAAAGAGGGACCCAACUACCAAUGGGUAGCCUACACUGGGAAGAUCCCUUAUCCUCGACCUGGGACAUGCCCAGGAGGAACCUUCACUCCCAACAUGAAAUCCACCAAGGAUUAUCCUGACGAGGUGAUUAACUUCAUGCGGAACCAUCCCACCAUGUACAAUGCCGUGUACCCAGUGCACAAGCGCCCCCUAGUGGUGAGAACCAACGUAGAUUAUGAGUUCACCACAAUCACUGUGGACCAAGUCACUGCAGCAGAUGGGAGCUAUGAAGUGCUCUUCCUGGGAACUGAUCGAGGCACUGUUCAGAAAGUAAUUGUGCUCCCAAAAGAUGAUCUGCAGACUGAGGAACUCAUACUGGAGGAGGUGGAGGUUUUCAAGGUACCCACCCCAAUUACAACCAUGAAAAUUUCAUCAAAAAGGCAACAGCUGUACGUUUCUUCUACAGCGGGGGUAACUCACCUGGCCCUUCAUCGGUGUGAUGUCUACGGGGAAGCCUGUGCCGACUGCUGCCUGGCCCGGGAUCCCUAUUGCGCCUGGGAUGGGAAAUCCUGCUCACGGUAUUCAGCAUCGCUCAAAAGGCGCAGCAGAAGGCAAGAUGUGAAAUACGGAAACCCCAUCCGGCAGUGCAGGGGUUAUAACUCCAAUGCCAAUAAGAGCACACUGGAGAUGGUGCAAUAUGGAGUGGAGGGCAGUAGCACUUUUCUGGAGUGCCAGGCGAGGUCUCCUCAUGCUUCUGUCAAGUGGCAUCUGCAGAAGGAGAACAGUGAGAGAAAGAAAGAGAUGCGCUCCGAUGGACGUAUCCUCAAGACGGAACAGGGCCUCCUCCUGCGCUCCCUGCAGCCUUCAGACGCAGGCAUGUACCAGUGCACGGCCACCGAAAAGAACUUCAAACACAUGCUGGUGCGCCUGCAGCUCAUCGUGCUUUCCAGCAGAGCGGUCAACAGUGUGCUGGCCGAAUCUGGAGCCCCCGUGGCUGCUCCAUUACAGUCCAGUCCCUGGACCCCCAGUGCAGGGCAGUACAAAGACCUCCUCCAGAUCCUGAGCCAACCUGAGAUGGGGCUCAUCAACCAGUACUGUGAGGACUACUGGCAGCUGGGCAGCUCCAGUCCCAAAGACCCUCUGUUGGGAGCUAUGAGAGGGAAAGAACUCAAGGAGCAGAAGAAACCACGCAAUCGCCGGAAUCACGAUGAUCAGAUCCCAACGCAGCAAACAUGAGGAGGCCAAGCCCCCAAAAGUCAAAGACUCAGACGUGAGAGCUAAAUCUUAAAAGAAUUGUUCCUUUUAACAAUUUAAAAAUUAUGAAACAGUAUUUAUUGUAGGUUGUACAUAGUAUGAUUCUGUGGAUUUCUUUGUACUUAAAUAUAGGAGAGGCUCUUUGUGUAUAGGUACCUUCUGGGCAAAUAUUAUUGUUAUUAUUGAUGUUAUUAUUAAUUUUAUUAUAAAAACUUGCGUUUUACCCUCUUUAAAAGAACAAGAAAUAAUUCUAUGUCAAGUUGAAAGUGUAAAAUGAAUAGUAAGCCUGUCUCAAAUGUAUCGAUAAAAGGGUUUUGUAAAUUGAGAUGAAAUGAAUUUGUUCAUAAGGAGAAUAGGAGUGGGACAGAGAUGGAAGGGUUUAUCCAGAUGACAUGGAACCAGGAACUCCCUGAAAGCUGUGAUGGACACAUCGCUCCAGAAAUCCACAGGGUCAUGAGUAAUUGGGAGAACAUCUUAUAAUGCCUGGGUGAGCAACUUUUGGGAAGAGAGGAAGCUAUAAUAGGCAGAGCUGUGUCCUGAUGCUGUGCCUUGGGAUUCAGUGGUGCAAGUGUGGAAAUAUCCAGUAUUUCACAGCUUAAGAGUCAGAUAUUUGUGCACUGGUUAAGUAAGUCCAUCAAAGCUGUAUAUAACCAGCAUCAAUGCCACAGCUGGUUAUUUAUUUAGUGCUACUGUAGAGGUCAGCACCAGUAUGUCAGUUUAAAUAGAUUUUAACAAUUUUAAUUGAACCAAAGUACAUUUUGUGACAAAUGGAUGUUACACUAUGUUGUACUUUUUCACUCAAACCCCCCCCCACCGCCACCACCUUAUUAAUAUCUGGUACUUGGGCACAUUCACAAAAAUAUUUUAAUAACAUUGUGUUGCUAUGUGUUUCAAAAUAUAUAAUUUUGUUGCAUCCAAAUACAUGGACGGAGCUUUCUGUCAAAACCUUGAGUGAGGUUUUGAAACACUGUGGAUGGGAUUUUUGCUUGGUAAUAAAAGGGGAGGGGAAUGACUGGGGGGGGGGGGAGAUUGGUCUUUUCUAAGCUUUUUUCACAUAUGUUAUACAGUUGACUCAAGAAACAUUUAAAGAAAAAUGGAAUGCAAAGUUUGAAUUUUCACUAAUGUUGUGCAGUGUCUGCUGUAUCAAAAACCAGAACUAAUUAAAGUAGAGCUGGUUUUGGUAGAAACAGGAGGCAGAUUUGUGUCUCUCAGAGAAAGAUGGAACUUCUCCUAACAAACUAUUUCAUUGACUAUUAAUUACAAGCUCAAGUACAUUAUUACCAAGAACAAAAUUAGCUAGGGCUGCCUUUUCAUAAUAAAUAGCAUUCUGAAUUUUUAGAGUUCCCACUUUAUCCCUCUCACCCUUCAUGGUUUUUGUUAAGGCAAAACGCUUUAAUCAAAUUUGGUCUUCAAUAUAUUUGUAGAAAAAUGGAAGAAAAAAGAAAUUUAUCUGAUGUAUGUGAAUGACUGUUUGUCUUUGAGGUGUUAGUAUUUUCUUUUGGAAUAAUUCCAAACAUGGGAACACUGUGAGAACUUAAGGCUUGAUAAAAAAAAAAUCACUAUCAUGGUUUUAUGCAAUUUCUAAGCUCUAAAUCUUUAGUUGCGUCUUCAUCUGUUGUUAUUUAGGCUGUUUUCUUUUUAUAAGAAAGAAGCUUAGAGGACCGUUUAGAGUGGACUCAAUUCUGGGUUUAAUCCUUCUGAUUAUUUUAUUUUUGUUUCACUUUGACCUGUUUAAGUGUACAAAUUAGAAUUAAAAUAUUAUUUUUAUA